ACAGAUUUCGUUUCAGUGCCGCAGUUACAGUGUACUUGUUACCUCCCUUCACCUAGUGAUUUCAGAGAGUUGCCUUUCCAUAUCCAACACGAAGAGCCAUCAGAGUAAUUUCACCAGGGCCAUGGCCACGCGAGAGCAGCCGUCGCAGGGCGUGACGCCGGACGCUGCCGCCACUCAGCCUCGGAGGCCCCGCGUCCUGGUCGCCGCCUCCGGCAGCGUGGCGGCGAUCAAGUUCGAGGUCCUGUGCCGGAGCCUCGCCGAGUGGGCCGACGUCCGGGCGGUGGCGACGGCCUCGUCCCUGCACUUCAUCGACAGGGAGUCGUUCCCGAGCGGCGUCGCCCUCCUCACCGACGCCGACGAGUGGUCCGCCUGGGGGAGGAUCGGCGACGAGGUCCUGCACAUCGAGCUGUGCGAGUGGGCCGACGCCAUGCUCAUCGCGCCACUCUCGGCCAACACCCUGGCCAAGAUCGCUGGCGGGCUGUGCGACAACCUCCUGACGUGCGUGGUGCGCGCGUGGGACUACAGCAAGCCCAUCUACGUCGCGCCAGCCAUGAACACCUUCAUGUGGGACAACCCCUUCACCAGCCGCCAUCUCGACGCCGCCGCCGGCCUCGGCGUCUCCCUCAUCCCUCCGGUGACCAAGCGGCUCGCCUGCGGGGACUACGGCAACGGCGCCAUGGCAGAGCCCGCCGAGAUCUGCAGGACCCUCAGGCUCUUCUUCGGUUCACAAGAACCAUUCUGAAAGACUUGCUCACUCUGUUUGCCUGCUGUACGAGAUAGGUGUAUCCGCAAACACUUCCUCUUCUAUCAAACGCUUACAAUGUGGUGAUCGUGCUCCA